CAAGACAUAAUAUAAUAAUACGAAUAAUCCACAAACCCCUUUCCCCAGCGGCGACCUCGUCGUGCUCGUCCUCGUCCUUCUGGGCCGACUCCACCACCUGCCUCUUAUGCUGCUACUGCCCUGGAGGCUUGGCCACUUUAGGAGCUGCCGCAGGGGUUUCUAAGGCUGAGCUUACCAUGCUUAUCCAAGCUGCUCUUCAGGAUGUGAUGACUUCUGCUUUAUCAGCUGGCUCUUCUUCUGGUAACUUUCGUCGUUGGCUUCUUGAUUCUGCUGCUUUCAAUCAUAUGACUAAUAAUGCAGGUUCCUUUCGUUCGGUCAAACGUGUCUCUCAACGGCUGCAAGUUGCUAAUGGUGAUAUCCUUCCAGUUGCGGGCAUUGGUCCUGUGGAUGAGCCACAACUUCAUCUUAAUAAUGCUCUUCAUGUUCCUUGUCUAGUGCCUAAUCUGAUAUCUGUGGGACAAUUGGCAGAGGAGGGCUGUGAAAUUCGGUUUAAUGAUCGUGGAUGUCUGGUGCAGGACUUGACAACGGGGAGGGAGAUAGGCCGGGUUCAUAAGUCAGGAUGGGUGUAUGUCAUGUAUAGCCUUUGUUCCAUGGAUCAAAGGGGCCACAAGCAUUCUACGGGUGCUUCUGCUGAUGUGUUGUCACGCGGAUGUGAUGGGAAGACUCGCGCUGUUGGUGCAGUUAUGGGUGCUCGAGAUCCUGUCCAUGAUGAUGAUGUUCAUUAUUUGUUUUCAUUUCUUGUCACUCAUGAUAGAGAUUCUUGGAAUAUUGAUUGUCGGCAUUCUGUUUGGGAUUUGUGGCACUGCCAUUUGGGGCACCCAAAUUCAACUCAGUUAUUACAGAUGUUUAAACAUAAUUUAUUGCCUGGGAAAUUUCGUACUAGCUCCUUUUCUCCCCCGUCCUGCAUCAGCUGUGUUGAAGCCAAAGCUGCUCAACGUCCAUUCUCUUUGAGCACAACUGUUUAUCAAGCUCCUUUUGAUCUUGUCCACACUGACCUUUGGGGACCAUCACCUAUUCCUUCCCGCAAUGGUUUUCUGUAUUUUGCAUUAUUCAUCGAUCACUAUACUCAAUUUACAUGGAUUUAUUUCCUACGCCAUAAAUCAAAUAUUAUUAACCAUGCACAGGAUUUCAUCCGCAUGGUCCAGACACAAUUCCUGAAACCAUUAAGAUCAUACGCUCGGAUCCUGGUGGUGAAUUCAGUACUAAUGAGCUUCUUGCCUUCUAGCGAUCACAGGGUAAUCUAAGCCAACAGUCAUGUCCAGGGGUUUCUCAGCAUAAUGGUGUGGUUGAGCGGAAGAACACACAUGUUGUGGAAUUGACUCGAGCUCUUCUCUUUCGCUCGAGUGUUCCUGCUCGUUUUUGGGUUGAAGCGGCGAAUAUAGUGGUCCAUCUCAUCAAUCGACAAAUUACGCCAGUCUUAGACAACUUGUCACCCUUUCAUAAACUGUAUUCGCGUCCUCCAGAUUAUGGUGCUCAUUAGGUAUUCGGGUGUUGUGCUUUGUGCUUAUGCCUAAGCGGGAGCGACACAAGUUAGCACCUAAAGCGGCUCGGUGUGUCUUCUUAGGCUACAGUGAUCGACACAAAGGUUAUCUUUGCUACGAUCCCGAAAAUCCGCGGCUACGUAUUGCUUACCAUGUUGUUUUCAUGGAGCAAGUGAUGUAUUUUUCCCACUCCAGCGCUGAGUCACGGGACAAUUUUAAGAGAAGCUUGUCCUUUCUUGAAGCUUUUCUUCCUGCGGAAUCACGACAGGGAGGGGACGUUGUUGGUGACCAUUCCCCUGGUCCCCAUCUUUCUGAAGACACGUCCUCAAUAGAAGAGUCAUCUUCCCACACUUUUGGGUCCACUUCAUCCCCUUCCUCCACCGCAAGUUCCACCGCGAGCUUGUCUUCCACCGCUAGUUCCUCCUCCACCUCGAGUUCGUCGUCCGAUGAUGAUGAUGAUGAACCUGAGGCACCGGCUGGUGCUCUUGAGCUACGACGCUCUACUCGCAGUACUAAAGGCCAGCCGCCAGUGAGCUAUGAUGAUUUUGUUGGGUAUGCCACUAAUUCCAUUCCUAUUCCGUCUAAUUAUCGUCAAGCUUGUGGUAUACCGAAAUGGGAUGCAACAAUGACAGAUGAGGUCACGGCUCUCGAGGCCAAUCAGACCUGGGAUGUUGUGGACCGCACUCCUGACAUGUCUGUUGUUGGUAGCAAAUGGGUGUACAACAUUAAGAUGAAUCCUGAUGGGAGUUUGGAGUGUUUCAAGGCUCGAGUGGUGGCGCAAGGAUUCAGUCAGGAGUAUGGGAUCGACUAUGAUGAGACGUUUGCACUUGUUGCUAAAAUGAAAACUGUCCGUUGUGUUCUGGCUGUGGCUGCCAUGAGAGACUGGCCUCUUGUUCAUUUGGAUGUUAAGAAUGCCUUCCUCCAUGGGGAUCUCAAGGAAACAAUUUAUAUGGCUUGUCCUCCAGGAUACUCGAAAGGAGGUCCAGAUAAGGUUUGUCGCCUGAAACGUUCGUUGUAUGGUCUUAAACAAGCUCCCAGAGCUUGGUUUGAGAAGUUUCAUGGCACUGUCAUUCAGGCUGGAUUUGUGCAGAGCCAGAACGACCCUUCACUGUUCUUAAGGACUACUUCUCAAGGUAUUACUAUUUUACUUCUCUCUGGUAGUGAUCAGGUUGGUAUCCGAUCUCUUACUUCUGCCCUUCAUCAAGAAUUCAAGCUCAAGGAGCUUGGCGAUGUCUCCUAUUUCCUCGGCUUGGAAAUUGAGCGUAGUGACCAUAGUAUUUUUGUUAGUCAGUAGAAGUAUGUUCGUGAUCUACUCGUUGAAUACAAGUUUGACAACUGCAAACCAUGUGCAACACUGAUGGAACAAAACUUGAAACUAAGCAGGACUAGUGGUGAUCUUCUGGACGAUCAAACUCUUUAUAGAACCAUUGUUGGGAGCCUGCGGUAUCUGAGUUCUACACGGCCUGAUAUUUCUUAUGUUGUACAGGUUGUGAGUCAGUUUAUGGGUAUGGCUAAGACCUUGCAUCUUGAUGCUGUACAUCGGAUUUUGAGAUAUCUACAGGGGUCACAGGAUGUAGGACUGUUCUUUCCUAGUAGUGGUGCUCCUGUUCUGGAAGCCUAUGUCGAUGCUGACUUUACUAGAUGUGUCGAUACUAGAAGGUCAAUGUCUGGUUGGUGUGUUCGCUUUGGUUUUUCAUUUAUUUCCUAGCAAUGCAAGAAACGGGAUCGGGUAUCAAAGUCAUCCACUGAAGCAGAAUACAAGUCUAUGUCAGAGGUCAGUUCUGAGCUAGUCUGGCUACAACGAGAUGCCUAUGAAGCUCUUUGGGGACAAUAUUAGUGCUAUUCGAAUAGCUACUAAUCCUGUCCUGCAUGAUCGGACAAAUCACAUUGAGACUCAUGUGCACUACAUUCGUCAACUGGUCACAAAAGGCACCAUUCAGCUUAGUUACUUGUCAACAGAGGAUCAGACUGCAGAUCUGUUGACAAAGGCGGUUGGUACUAGUCGUCACUGGUUCUUGUCACACAAAUUGAUGUUGCGUAAACAUAAUCAAUUUGAGGGAGGUUGUUGAAAAUGACGACUAUAGAAAGGUUUGGGUAGCUUACUGUAAAUAUCCAUUGUUUACAUAAAUUACCUAAACUAGAUUGAUUAGGGUUCUCUGUAACCUCACCGCAUAUAUAUAUAACUUGUAGCUAGCUUGUACGGUUAAUUGAGCUGAAUAAUAUUGACUCUGGAGAGUUCUACCUCUCCCGUGGACUAGUCCUAAUUAUCAGGGAUACCACGUAAAAUUCGGUGUUUGUCUUCUCGAUUUUCAAAUUCUUAUCAUGAAUAUGACCGCAAAUCAAAUAAUUUUCAUUUCUCUCAUCCACCACAAGCGAUCCGGAAUCAAUGCAGUUCCAUUGAUUAACUGGUCCAUGCAACAAUCGACCCAAAACCAGUGUAGUCCCACUGAUUGACUAGUCAUGCCUAUCUCACAUCAAACAUUUCAUCAAAUCAAACAAGGAAUCAAUGCUUUCCCAUUGAGUUCCCAGUUUAAUUAAAUCUCAUGUUACUCAUAUCAUCAUCAUCUCAAUUAAUCCAAGAAUCAAUGUCGUCCCAAUGAUUCCCGAUCCAUAUACAUUUCAUGUCGGUUAUCAACUCGACGUUUCUCAUAAUCAGUCAUCUCAUCAUUCGAUCUCAAAUCACGUAAAUCAUCUCAUCAUCUACUAACAAUACUCAUUAGUUCCAUAUCAUAAUUCCUCAUCCACAAUUAAUCACAUAAUUUCACGAAAUAACCUCGAUCAAAUCACGAUAAAUAAACCCGGUUUGAUGUUACAAAUACUUUUAACUCUAAAUUUAGUUCCCUUCAUUAAAAUCAUCACAAAAUCUUUGUAAAAAUAUCAAAAAUCUCGUAUUAACCAUAAUUCGUUUCUUGUCAUAAAAAGCUUCUUAGACAACAAUAUCUCAAAAAUCUCGUAUUAACCAUAAUAUUUACGGUAACUUAAACUCCAAUAAAAUGGUAACUCCAAAAUCUCACAAAAACACCAGAACAUCCAUUUAUCAUCCUAAACAUCUCAGUACAGUUUUUAUAUUUUUCAACAGCUCAAAACCAUGAAAAUAAUAUUACAUUCGGUCUUUACCGCAAAUCUCGUACUAAGCUCGUUUUUACAAUUUUAAAGAUAAAAACUCCACCAAAUGUCUAAUCCAUCAUUUUAGCACAAAAAGAAAUUAACAAGCCAAACAUAUCAUUUUAAAGUCAUUGAAAUCAUAAUGAUAAACAAAACACGUUUUU